AUGGCUCCCAAUAGUGAAAAAGCACGAAAGCCUCUUCUCCCAUUCUGCAUGUACAGAUGGUCGGUGAUAGCACAUCACUUGCCAAAGAAGAGGCUCAUCAGAAUAGGUAUCAACCCUACCACCCUUAAGCCCAUAAACGACACCGUCAACGACGCAGUUGAAGCCCGGCAAGUAAACGAAUAUUUGGAGCUGCAACUCCAGAACCAGCUCGACUCCCCCUACUCCUCUUCCCAGCCUUCAUUGACUCGGCUCGUCGUCAACAAUGUCACACCUCGGCCAUCACUACCUGCCUGCCUCGACGUGCUCAAAGUAUGGCAAAAUUCUUGGUCUUCCAUGUUGAAGCCCUCAAUAGAGAACACCCACAGAAUGCAUAGCAUGAAUGCCAUUGUGCUCGCCACUGACAACCUUGAGUCGCCACCAUCCACGUUGAGCUUCCCGUACGACGUCCCUACCAACUCCAAAUGUCAUGCCUUUAGGCAAAUCAAUCAAAGUUUACUUCCAGCUUCAUCCUCUACCAGCCCCACCGUUGACGUCGCAAAUGAGAGUGAAAACAAAGUGCAAAGCUUGGGAAAGGGGGACACAAUAUCAUGUUGGCCGUAG